AUGCAGUUCUCCAUGCCCACGGCCGUGGAGCGCGUGCCCGAGUCCUCGGCCGCCAACGGAGACCAAGAGGCCGAGCAGGAGGAGGCGCUGCUGCGUCUGGCCGCGCGCAUGAAGCAGAACGUGGCCACGGGCGACCGCCGCCGCCACAUCUUCAAGAAGUACAGGGACUGCUUCACCGGCAUGGAGGCCGUCGACUGGAUGCUCGAGCAGAUGGAGGCCAAGAGCGUCGCCGAGGCCGUCCGCAAGGGCCAAGGCCUGAUGUCCCACCGAUACAUUGAAAAGGUGGAGAAGGAGACCAAGUUCGAGUACAACAAGAAGCGCUUCUACCGGUUCACGGCCACGACCCCCGAGUUCGUGCAGGCCGUGGAGCGGCCGCUGCCCAGUGCCACGCUGGACCUGCCCCUGAGUGCUGCGGCCCGACGACGAGCCUUGGCCGCGCUUAUCGGCGGCUUCGUGGCCGACGCGGCCUCGACGUCCCUGAACGGCGUCUCACACCCAGAGAAGACCAUCCCGAACCUGCUGAGACUGGACUUCGACCCGGCCUUCUGUGGCCUGUACGAUACGUCCGACGGCAGCGACAAGAAGGGCAGCCGCACCAGGAUGGAGUCGUCCACGGGCUUCGAGGCCCGCAUUCUGCUGCAGUGCAUCGCUCGCCGGGGCCACAUUCACGGCUCGCAGCUGGCCAAGGACGCGUACUGGGGGUUUAAGAACGACCACCGACUGCUGAGUGCGUCGUCCAGGGCGUUCAUCAAGCGCGUGCACUCCGGCAAGGGCUGGCCGCACUGUGCCGUCAAGUGCCGCUCCAUCGACGUGCUGUCGUUGAUUCCCAUCGUUGUGGCGUUGUACGCCGGCACCAACCAGCUCUUCACCAAGGUGGACGAGCUGGUCAAGGUUUUCUACGUGGGCACUCGCGUCCGCGAUGCUGCUCUAGUAGCGGCCUUUGUUCUGGAACAGGUGAUUCUCGGCGCCUCCGUGCUGCAGGCCAUGCGUAUGAGCAUCCGCACGGAGCGACUCAGCGUCAAGCAGCGCAAGGUCAUCUUUAAGGCCUUCACCAAGUCGCAGCUGCCCAGCUACGAGGCCAUUCAAAAGUUUGGCAACCGUGGCUCGCUUCCCGGUGGGUUCCACGCGGUGCUCCAGCCGCUGUUUGUGCUUAACGACUACCCUACGGCCGUGCGCGAAAACAUCAUCGGAGGUGGCCGAACGUGUCGGCGCGCCAUGUUCAUCGGCGCGUGCUUUGCUGCACAAGACGGCCUGGACGCUAUCCCCGAGGGCUGGAUCCAGAAGACGCAGUACUUCGACUUCAUCGAGGCGGACGCCAGCACGCUGGUCGGCCGUCGUGAGGUGCAGGGUUCGUUCACUGAGGAGGACGAGGAGGACCGACUUGCCGCGUACAUGGACUACGUGCCCCGAUCGUCCAUGUCUUCGAACCGUUCCCGUCACAUGGAGCGCCCGGAGUCGUCCCGCCGCAGCAGCCAAAACCUCGGCGCUUCGUCCUCGAACGUCAACGGCGAGGCCUCCGACAUUGCCGGUGAACUGCCGCCUGAGGGCGUGUCGUCGUCGCGCCGCUCCUCGGGCCCGAUUCGUCGCCGCUCCAACAGCUACGCGUCCUCGGGUGGCCUCUCGUCGCCGCGCUCCAUUGCGUCCAACUUCUCGUACGCUUCGCAGACGACCACUGCCUCCAGUGUGCGCUCGGUCAUCGACCUGGGAGACAUGGACAAGUUCUACCAGAGCGGUGUGGGCAACACGCUGACGGCGUCGUCCACUCCGCGCUCGAGCGGAGGCACUGACGGCCGCUUGAGCUUCGAGAUGCAAAAAUUCUUCCAGGCCUACGGCGCCGCUGCCGCCGCGCGCGGCUCGCGUGGCUCGCACGGCUCCUUCGGCGAGAACGGCUCGUACGGCAGCGGCUCAUCGACUGUUCGCUCGAGCGACCUGAACCAGCUGCGUCCGAGCGACAUGGCCCCGUACCUUCGCCGCAGCUCUGCCGGUGCUCGCCGCAGCGAUCCCCGCAGCGACCCGCACCUCCGCCACAGCUAUAUCGCCAGCUCGCGCCGUAGCGACACCAACCUCAUGUACGGCAGCCACCAGCCUCGAUACUCCGGCAAGGUGUCGCGCGUUAGCGACCCGAACGCCUUCUACCGCCGGUCGUCGUCUACGCCCGCGUACGUGCCCGAGGCCGAGCGAUCGGAAGACGUGGUGCUGGCCCACCGCGUAUCACUUGACGACGAGCAGCGCGUGAGUCUUCACGCCAUUCUGUAGAUAAAGUGAUACGCACCGGAGGACUUUCGAGCACGCGCACUUCGUCCAAGGACAGCAAACGGAUCAAGCGGCACGGGAGGGAGGCGACGGUGAGUUGUUUAAUUUAUUGAUAUGAGCGCA